AUGGCCACGACCAAUGGAACCUUGGAGAACGGGCAGCCCGACAAGAAGAUGCCUCCUUUGCCGCAUCCCAUCAGGAACCUGGAGGUCAAACACACGAAGAUAUUUAUCAACAAUGAGUGGCAUGAAUCCAAGAGUGGAAAAAAGUUUCCUACCUAUAACCCUUCAACUGUAGAGAAAAUAUGUGAAGUGGAAGAAGGAGACAAGCCUGAUAUAGAUAAGGCUGUGGAGGCCGCAAAAGCAGCAUUCCAGAGGGGAUCUCUAUGGAGACAAAUGGAUGCCCUGAGCAGAGGCAGGCUCCUUCACAAACUGGCCGACCUCAUGGAGAGGGACAGGAUCAUUUUGGCAACUCUAGAAACCAUGGAUACAGGAAAACCUUUCCUUCAGGCCUUUUUCAUUGACCUGGAGGGCUGUAUCAAAACACUCAGAUACUACGCAGGGUGGGCGGACAAGAUACAUGGCAGAACUAUUCCAGCAGAUGAAAACGUUGUGUGUUUUACCAGGCACGAACCAAUAGGCGUAUGUGGAGCAAUAAUCCCUUGGAACUUCCCAUUGAUGAUGCUUAUUUGGAAGAUGGCACCAGCCCUGUGCUGUGGGAAUACCAUCGUUAUUAAGCCAGCUGAGCAGACACCCCUAACAUCACUUUAUCUUGGAUCUUUGAUCAAAGAGGUGGGAUUCCCUCCAGGAGUAGUGAACAUAGUUCCAGGUUAUGGACCAACAGCAGGAGCAGCAAUUUCUUCACAUCCCAAGAUCGACAAAAUAGCCUUUACUGGAUCAACAGAGGUUGGAAAGCUCGUCAAAGAAGCUGCUUCUAAAAGUAAUCUAAAAAGAGUAACUUUAGAGCUUGGAGGGAAAAAUCCAUGUAUUGUCUGUGCUGAUGCCGACUUGGAUUUGGCAGUAGAGUGUGCCCAUCAGGGAGUGUUCUUUAACCAAGGCCAAUGCUGCACAGCUGCUUCCCGAGUGUUUGUGGAAGAACAGAUCUACCCUGAAUUUGUCAAGCGGAGCGUGGAGUAUGCUAAGAAGAGACUCGUUGGAGACCCAUUUGAUGUCAAGACUGAACAAGGGCCACAGAUUGAUCAAAAGCAAUUUGACAAAAUUCUGGACCUGAUAGAGAGUGGAAAGAAAGAAGGUGCUAAAUUGGAAUAUGGGGGCUCAGCCAUGGAAGAUAGGGGGCUAUUCAUAAAACCUACAGUGUUUUCAGAAGUUACAGACAACAUGCGGAUUGCCAAAGAAGAGAUCUUUGGACCAGUACAGCCAAUAAUGAAGUUCAAAAAUAUAGAAGAAGUUAUAAAAAGAGCAAAUAGUAUUGAGUAUGGACUCACUGCAGCUGUAUUCACGAAAAAUCUCGAUAAAGCAUUGAAACUGGCUUCGGCAUUAGAAUCUGGAACAGUCUGGAUCAACUGCUACAAUGCCAUCUAUGCACAGGCUCCAUUUGGUGGCUUUAAAAUGUCAGGAAAUGGCAGAGAACUAGGUGAAUAUGCUCUGGCGGAAUACACAGAAGUGAAAACAGUUACUAUAAAACUCAAUGAGAAGAAUCAUUGAAUGGGAGAUAUCCUUCCUUAAGCAUCUGACGUUCUGAAUGUGGCAGAGAAAUUUUGUAGAACACAGCACUUCUUUGAAAAAAAAACAACUUAAUUUCUUCUAGAACUUUUAA